AUGGACGGCAAGGCGACGGCGGCGGCCGUGCGUGGCGAAGUCGCGGCGGAGGUCGCGCGCUUGGUCGACGCGCACGGGGAGACGGCGCGCCCUGGGCUUGCCGUCGUCAUCGUGGGGGAGAGGAAGGACAGCCAGACGUACGUACGCGCGAAGCGCCGCGCGUGCGAGGAGGUCGGCAUCUCCUCGUUUGGUUUUGAGCUGCCCGAGGAGACCACGCAGGAGGCCCUGCAGGACGUCGUCAGGGAGCUUAAUGCGAGGCAGGACGUGCAUGGAAUUCUGGUCCAGCUGCCGCUGCCGGAACAUAUUGACGAUGAGAAGGUCCUGGAUGGCAUCGAGAUUGGGAAGGAUGUUGACGGGUUUCAUCCAUUGAACAUUGGAAGGCUUUGUAUGAGCGGGAGGACGCCGCCGUUGUUUGUGCCGUGCACGCCGAAGGGCUGUGUCGAGCUUAUGGAUCGGUAUGGGGUGGAUGUGGAAGGGAAGAAUGUUGUGGUUAUUGGACGGAGUAAUAUUGUGGGUCUGCCACUGGCUAUGUUGCUGCUACAUCGGAAUGCGACUGUCACUAUUUGUCACUCGCGGACGAGGGAUACGAGCGCCAAAGUGAAGGAGGCUGAUAUCGUCGUUGCGGCGUGCGGGAUCCCGAAGUUUGUCGACAAGUCAUGGCUGAAGAAGGAUGCCGUCGUCGUGGACGUCGGUAUCAAUGCCGUCGACGACCCGUCAAAGAAGAGGGGGUAUCGCCUUGUCGGCGAUGUCGAUUACGAGGGCGCAGCAGAGGUCGCAUCGUUUAUUACCCCCGUACCUGGAGGUGUCGGUCCAAUGACCAUUGCUAUGCUGCUCACUAACACUGUGGAGGCUUGCAAGCGCCAUUUACCUGCCAAAUAA